AUGACGGUUCCUCGAAUCUCGAAGACUCCUCCUGCUCUUCCUCCCCGUAACCCAACCACAAGCGUUUUCGCUAUCACAGCAGACCUAACACAAUUCUCUUCGCAAGAGGGAAGGAUUCCCGCCGCAUGGCUUGUUGCCCUAACGCGUCAUAAGGGAGACGAGCCCCACGUUCAUUCAUUCUGGCUAUCACAUUUAUUUGACAAUGACGCGUCAACUGUCUUUUUAUGUAAGCAAUGUCAUUACUGGUUUGCCAUAACAGUAACUAGGCCAAAAGAUCAGCCACCUGAAUCAUCAACAGGAAUAUGUCCAGUCAAUCAAGAGAAUUCUUUUCACCAUUUGCACACUACUACUGAGAUAGCGUCGAGUAUAUCGGCACAUUGCUGUCAAUGUGAUUUUACUGUUAACGUCAAUAUUACAGAUCCCUCCAUACCAAUGGAGAUUAUGAAUGAUCUACUCAGGAAUAGGAGACUUCCAUAUACGUACGAUAGUCCUUCAAUAACUAACGGAACAGAAACCACAACUGAACUGAGGGACACUGUAUUAGCAUUGGCAAAAUAUCUCUCCGAGCUUUUGUCUGGUAACGGUAAAGGGAUAAGAAUAACUGACGAAGAAUUUGGAUUCGAUGGUGUGAGCCAGGCUUUCUUCCAAAUCAUGGAUUUUCACAUGGGAGAAGAUGGAUAUUAUGAACCUCCGCUUCUUGACAAUCAAGGAAGAAUAGAUUCUGUAAAACGCGUGCAGGAAGAAUUAUAUAUGAUGGUGCUUGAUAAUUCUGGUUACAUUAAUGAAACGAUACCAAAGUAUGAAGAUCCAUACACGAAACUAGCCAAUAUUAUUGGAACACAACAACCUCUAUUCACUAUAGCAAGUGCGCUUGAUCCAUCUCGUAUAUCACUUCGAUCAACCGGCUAUGCUGUACUCGGCUGUGUUGAAGAUGUACAAGAUGAAGUGAUAGAGUGGGCGUAUAAGCGGGCAAUUGAUCAUGCACCUGGACAUACUCUUUCAUAUUUGGAGGCGCUACGCUUGAUAGCUGGAGAGAGGAAUUCUGACAAAUUGGGUGUCCUUUUCGCUAUGGAAGAAUCCAGUGGAAAGAUCUGCCUGAGCGACCUUAAAGAAGCAUGCAGAGAAUUGAACUUGUCAGAAGAAACUGUUUCUGACCAUGAAGCGGUGGCGGCAUAUAAAUCAUUGGCGAGAGCUUAUCCCGAAAAUAGAUCAAGUUAUCGGAAGCAUCUAUCGACGAUAGGGAAAGCAUUGAACAGUCGGCUAUUAUCUGACGAAGAUUAUUCCG